AUCCAGAAAGGGAACAGUCAUUCAAGAAAUGGCAUGCUGAAGUGCCUCGGGGCCACGGAAGAUCUCUGGAUACCGGAUCAGACGCAGCUGCCCCCCGGCUGCUAUUUUAACUCCGCUUAAAGCACCAUGGGCAGCCAGCAUCUACGCCAUGGACUACCGAUAACAACCAGUCUGUCUCUGCACGCCAUGAAGUCUACCACAGGGGAGCACGAGCAUGCCGCACACGAUACCCAGAGCUUGCCCUCCGACCCUGAUGAGCUCGACAGUGGCAGCGAAAGCUCAGAAAAAUCCACCGGAGCUGGGAGCCCCAUGCAGGGCCACAGGGAGGCGGGGAGACGCAGAGGGGGUCGUAGACUUGCAGGGGUGAGCAAACAACGUCAGGCAGCUAACGCUCGGGAGCGAGACCGCACACACAGCGUCAACACUGCCUUCACGGCUCUGCGUACCCUUAUCCCCACGGAGCCGGCCGACAGGAAGUUGUCGAAAAUCGAGACCCUGCGACUGGCAUCAAGCUACAUUUCACACUUGGCCAAUGUACUUCUGCUAGGGGAGGACUGCAGGGAUGGGCAACCGUGUCUGAAAUAUCACAGCAUCUUACAAAGCAACACCAAACUCAAAACUCCACCAAUCCGACCCAUCUGUACCUUCUGCUUGAGUAACCAAAGGAAAAUGCUUAGAGACGGGGAAAAGCACACAACUGCGUGACAGCAGAAGUUCUCCCAACUGACCGCUGCUACAUACGAGCUCUCAACUUCUGAAUGUUUACAUGUAAAGAGACAUUGCCUUGCACAGAGACAAAACAUUUCUUUUUCAAAUCUCUGAGGACAGACAAAACAGGCAACAUGAAAAGAGACGAAUCUGCACUUUUUCUGCAUGUGUGUCCACCUUAUUAACGGUGUUUUGGUUAAUGUAACCGGAGAAUAUGUGUAAAGUUGCAACUGGUGGUAGGCUAUUUCAGUAUCAGAUAUAGUAAGCUACACCAUCCCUCACCAUAAAAAAACAGUCUUGUGUCUGCCUCUUGCACGUCACAUGAUGGUAACUGAAACCUUGCGGUUUGCAGUGGUCGCUGUCAGUACAACGGUGGGCAAAAAUCUCAUCCCCUCCCUCUUGUUUCCACAUCUAAGCCAGGACCACGAUCCCAACAUGGCUCUCAGGAGACUGUAAACAAGAUUCUAACCUCAGCAUGAUAAUUUGGGUUGGGCAAAGCAUGCUAAAUAUUUAUUAGAAAGUUUAAGUGGCACAUGACUGAAUGUUUUAGGUGGAAGUAUUUCAUUAUGAAGGCAUAAUCUUUCAGUGUUGGUCAAGGUACAUGAUCCCUAACACGAGCCCUGGGUUAUGACCCUGACCUCAAUUGUUAAGUAUCCUUGUCUCGAAUGCUACCCUAAAUCUUUUUAGUCUUUCUUUGAGUCCAGGCUUUGGUGAGAUAAUGUUGUGUAGACUGUUGAGUAGUAGUGCUCACCAGUGCAGGCUCAGUAAGAAGGUACAUCGAGGUCACACCAUAACAACAAAUGGCAUGCUUGUGCUUCUAAAUCAUAAAAUGCCACAUUCAGUUUUAUAUAUUUCACUGAAAUUGCAUUUAGGAAGGCCAUUUAAGCAUAAGUUCAACUCACCAGCGCCUACGUCAAGGCAGAAGCUUGCUGCAUUGCAUGCAUUUCAAGACUUGUUGUCGUCGAUGUUAGAGUGCAGACUUAAUGCGUUAAUUAUGCAAUCAUAUUCAACUCUACAGCAUGCAAUUUUAUCUCCUAUAUCAUAUUGACAUACUAUAUAUACUAUAUAGAUUCGCAAUAUGACGGGGUUUUUUCGUUUUUUGUCCACUGAUUUGCACCAAAUGAAAUAUGUACGAGACCGUGGCCUUCUGAAAAAUAGGUAGCUGGAAGUUUCAUCUGGGAAUUUCACUGCCUAUUGCUAAUUGCAGCUCUCUUGCAUUUUAAAGUGCGCAUGACUUAAUAAAGGCCAAUUUGAUUUCAGAAAGUGUUCCAGAAUGUGUCCCAAAAGUUGGCACGUUUUAAGUUGACAAAGGUCUGGGGAAAGAUCAGCAAGCUUCUGUCUUGUAGCGUGCGCUAAGCUUAAGUACACCACUGAAACAUCAACUGCUGAACCUUUUAUGUUGUUUACAUUAAUAGGAAAGACAAUUUUGAGCCUAACAUUUAUUGUGAUUACAAUUUAUAUUCAGAUACUGCAUCUUUGACGUGUUGUUUGAAGGCAGAAUUAUUUCUGUGAAAGCAUCAAGAUGUAUCAACCAGUCGUUUCUAUCCAAAAUGUUUACUUGCGCGUCUUGCACAAAUCAAAAUUUCAGCUUGUAGGUUUGUCUGAAUCUGCAGACUGUGCAGAAUGACUGUUCCUUGCAAUAAAAACACUUUUCAAUAUGGACGUUAUACAAAAAAAAAAAAAAAAAGUGCAAUGGAACUACCACAUAAUGUACUGGAAAUAUAGUAUUCUGGAAAGGCUUUUUGUAAAUAUUUGCAUUUUUUAACCUUUAAUUUUAAAGGUCAAAAUGCAUUAUACCAACAAUAUGGCAUACCUUCAAAAAUCUUAAUCUUAAACACUAG